AUGGCUCAAGUGGUGACAGAUUUUUUCCAGUACUUGGAAGACCCGGAUGUAGCUGUAGCCGUGGCUGUGAUUAAAGCUUUGACUGGUGUUAUUAUACAUAGUGAGGCCAGCACGAUGAUGCAAAUGGAGGGAGAAUUGCAAGAAGCAGCGCAGCAGCUACGCACUUUCCAAGCCGCAGAUGACCAGACGCUGGCCACACGUUUUCAUAAUUCAAUUGCUACUACCGCCGGCUGUCAGUUAUUCUUACGAUAUGUAACACGUUGCUUCUUGGAAUUUGAUGAUUUUGAUCUCUGUCGCUCCCAGCUCAUUGACCGUGGAAAAUUAUUUGCCGAGACGUCACUUUCGAGUCGUCAGCGCAUUAGUGAUGUGGGCCACAACUUUAUUCGUGACGGCAUGAAAGUAUUGACGCACGGCAAGUCCCGCGUGGUGAUUGCAUUAUUGUGUGAAGCUGCUAAGACCAAGAACUUUUCUGUAUCUGUGACGGAGGGAAAAAGUACUGCAUCGGGACUUAGUACAGCGAAAGAACUGGCGAAGGCGGGUAUUCCUACGACAGUAAUUCUCGACUCGGCAGUUGCAUACUAUAUGGAACAGGUGGAUAUUGUGAUUGUUGGCGCGGAAGGUGUUGUUGAAAAUGGCGGAAUCGUCAAUUCGAUUGGCACAUACUCAAUUGCAGUAAUCGCACAAGCACUGAAGAAACAAUUUUACGUGGCGGCAGAGAGUUACAAGUUUGCUCGUUUGUAUCCGUUGACGCAGCGUGACGUUCCGCAAAAACACAUGGCUGCUCUGUCUAGCGAUAUUGCGGGUGACGAACCCAUCGACGAGACGAUGAAGAACGUAUCGUUUGAGAGCCCGUUCUUUGACUAUACCCCGCCUGGAUACAUUGCGUUAAUAUUCACAGAUUUAGGCGUCCUCACUCCGUCUGCGGUUUCGGACGAAUUGAUCAAACUAUAUCAGUAG